GUUCCCCGUUUACAAAUGUCAUUGUUUAGCUGUCGAAGAUGAAGCAUUAGCUAGUGUUAGAAAUGGAAGUGACCCUGUCUCGAUCUCUUUGUAUUAAUCUCCAUUCUUUCUCUCCAAAUCCCUUCAAUAAUGGCGACCACAACAAUAAACAUUUCUUCAAAAUCAUGGCCUGCAUGCCAACUCCAUACCCCAAAAGAUACCGCAAAAGAAUUCCCAAAUAUCAGAAAAAGAAACUUAAACGAUUCAAAGAAAAAGAUGCAUUUCCAGCUUCAUUACCACUUCAUUCAAAAAACCCAGGAGCAAUUUGCGAAGACAUUCAAAAAUUUGCCAGAGAAAACAAGCUUAAGGAAGCUCUUACCAUUAUGGAUUACUUAGAUCAGCAAGGCAUUCCAGUUAAUGUCACUACUUUCUCUUCCCUUAUUGCAGCUUGCAUUCGAUCCAAAUCUUUAGAUCAAGCAAAACAAAUCCAUGUUUUUAUUCGCAUCAAUGGGUUUGAAAACAAUGAGUUUCUGAGAACUAAACUGGUUCACAUGUACACUGCUUGCGGUUCUUUAAAAGAUGCCCAACAGGUGUUCGAUGAAUGUUCUAGUAGUAGUAGUAGCGUAUAUCCAUGGAAUGCGCUGCUUAGAGGUACUGUAGUAUCGGGUAGUAAAAGAUAUCUAGAUGUGCUUUCUACUUAUACAACAAUGCGAGAAUUAGGUGUUGAAUUGAAUGUGUAUAGUUUCUCUAAUGUUAUUAAGAGCUUUGCGGGUGCAUCGGCUCUUAGACAAGGGUUAAAGGCUCAUGCUGUUUUGGUAAAGAACGGAUUGAUUGACAGUUCAAUACUCAGGACUAGUUUGAUUGAUAUGUAUUUUAAGUGUGGUAAGAUUAAGCUUGCACAUAAAGUGUUUGAAGAAACGCUUGACAGAGAUAUUGUUUUCUGGGGUGCAAUGAUUUCUGGAUUUGCACAUAAUAGGCGUCAAUGGGAAGCAUUGGAUUAUUUUAGAUGGAUGGUAAGUGAAGGGAUGUACCCAAAUUCGGUCAUAGUAACCACAAUCCUCAAUGUGAUAGGAGACAAAUGGGCGAGAAAGUUAGGCAAAGAGAUUCAUGGGUAUGUUGUGAAAACAAAGAGUUAUUCGAAACAGUUGACAAUUCAGUCUGGAUUAAUUGAUAUGUAUUGUAAGUGUGGGGAUAUGGGUUCCAGUAGAAGGGUUUUUUAUGGCUCCAUGGAGAGAAAUGCUAUAUCUUGGACUGCUUUGAUGUCUGGUUAUGCAUCAAAUGGAAGGCUCGAGCAAGCAUUGAGAUCAGUUUCUUGGAUGCAGCAGGAAGGGUUUAGGCCUGAUGUUGUCACGGUUGCGACUAUUGUUCCAGUAUGUUCAGAAUUGAAGGCUUUGAAUCACGGCAAGGAAAUUCAUGCUUAUGCAGUUAAGAAUUUAUUCUUCCCUAAUGUCUCUGUAACGACUUCUUUGAUGAAAAUGUAUUCAAAAUGUGGGGUUUUAGAUUAUUCUGUUAAAUUGUUUAAUAACAUGGAGAGCAGGAAUGUAAUCUCAUGGACAGCGAUUAUUGAUUCAUAUGCGGAAAAUGGGUGUAUAAAUGAAGCGAUGAAUGUGUUUAGGUCAAUGCAGUUGUCAAAGCACAGGCCAGACUCGGUUGUAAUGUCAAGAAUGUUGAGUAUAUGUGCCGAAAUUAAAGCUGUGAAACUUGGGAAGGAGAUUCACGGGCAUGCCAUUAAGAAAGAUUUCGAGUCAAUCCCUUUUGUUUCAGCAGAUCUUGUUAAGAUGUAUGGGAGAAGUGGAUUGAUUGAUAAUGCAAAAUCAAUUUUCCAUGCAAUUCCUGUCAAGGGCUCAAUGGCAUGGACUGCAAUUAUAGAGGCAUACGGAUAUAAUAAUCUAUGGCAAGAGGCAAUAUAUCUUUUUCAUGAGAUGAUUUCUGGUGGUUUCACUCCCACCCAUUUCACAUUCAAAGUAGUUCUAUCAAUUUGCGAUCAAGCUGGAUUUGCAGAUGAUGCUUGCCGGAUCUUUGAAUUAAUGUCUCGAAGAUAUAAAAUUAAAGCAUCUGAAGAACAUUGCUCUAUUAUUGCGGGACUUCUUACCCGGGCUGGUCGCACUCAGGAAGCCGAAAGAUUCACAAAGAUGAGUUCUUCCUAACCAUGAAAAAAAUGUUAUUUGCCUUUUCUUUUUUACCCUUCAAGUUCUUGUAAACUCCUUUAUGUUAGUUCAAUCUAUACUCUAUAGUACUUGUGGAAGUUGUAUAGAUUUGUCAUAAUUUGUGUAUCGUAGGAAGGUAGAUGAAAGGAAAUUCUCAACUUGCCUAGAAGUGUUCAAAUUUUAAGUGCAUAUAAGCUGUUGGAACUACGAAGUCAAGUUAAUAUGAAUUUUUCUUCCAAGAGACUGGAAGAUGUAAAUCUUGGCUGAAUUCAUGUGCAGUUGAUUUUUAAUACCCAGUACACCAUUGGGCAAAA